UGUCAAAAAAGAAGAAUUUGACGGAUUUGACGUCACCGAUUUGUGUGAUCUUGCUAAUUUCACAUUUUGCACUCUCCGAGAUUCUCCUGGAAGAGGUGCUACAAAACGUGAAGUGCGCGCAACAAUUCACCGAUGUAAGGACAGAUCUUAUAUUCUUAUUUUCUUUAACGUUUAAUUAAAAAUAAUACAAUAAACGCGAUGUCAAAUAUUCUAGUACACGUUCUUUGGAUAUUUCUUAAGAGUGUGAACAACCGUUCUUUCUUUAAGAGGCGUCAUAGUACUCUUUCGCGUCGAAAUUAUAUUGCGCAGCUUUGGUAGUAAGCGGUAAAUAAAAUUCCAAUUGUUAUCUAACGCCUCGAUUUUCGUUGACACAGUUGCUCAAAUUUAAUGACACGUUGGGAACAUUUGGGAAACGGCGACGUGUUCCGUUAACGACCACCUCGAACAUCCCGAAACUCGUAGCCAUUUUUUAUUCAGAGAUCCCAUUGCCCUUUUAUAAUUUAAUUAUAACUAAUUAUAUGAAAAUUUACCCUCUGUUAUAACAUACGCUAUACAACGAAAAUCUGGGAAAGUCAGAAAUAUUUCUGCGGUAUCUCCUGCGUAGACGCUGUCUCAAAAAAUUAAGAGACUUUUUACGCGUUCCGUGCCAUGUAAACAAUGAAUCGAAAUAAUCGGUAAUUUUCGCGCCUUUAAUUCAAUUAUUUCAAUUACUAUCAGCAGCAACUAGCAGCAAGCUUUCGAUAUCUUGGGAGCCAAUUUUCGAGCUCAAACGAUCACCUUUCGCAUGCAAAAUUGACAAUUUCGUAAAGAACUUCCAAACGUUGACCAAUCGAUGACGCGACUUUGCAGCAAUGCGAAUCUAUUCGUACGAACUCGAAAAUAGGAUCCCAGAAAUAGCUGUUCCAUACGGAGCGUUUCCAUUCCGCGCGUUCACGUAUAUAAUCCGAUGCGCAACUAACUGGAGGGGGGACAAUGAUUUAUACGCGAUGCAUAUCACUGUUAACUUAUAGGCUCGAGAGACUCGUGGCAGACGUCUCGGAUUUUUCAUCGGAAACGUUUCCUCCUUGUGACGUCUGGCAUGAUGCGCUCCAUUUGCUCCUUGGGAAUAAUUUCAACCAGAUUCUGUACACUGGGAUAUUUUAGAUUAUGCGAAAGCCGGGAAAAAAUUACAUGCUUAUGAUCUUUGCCUUUCAAUGUGGAAUUAGCACCUUGGCGUGAAUGAAAGAAUCAGAAAUAAAAUCGAAGUCCUGUCCAAAAACUUUCGAGUUGCUGCUCGAGGAGACUGAUUCAAAUGUUAGCUUACACUGCAAGGAAACAGAUUUUAUGACGAUAAGACACAAUCCUGGGAUUUACAUAAUCGAGAAGAGAACCAGAGAAACCUCGUGGAGCGAUGCCAUCGUCGGUAAUGGAACAUUUUCGACACUUCUUAAUUUGACUUCUGGUACAGAGUUCCAAUACCGAAUGCACAGGGUUACAGAAAAUGGCAUCUUAAAACCUGAAGUUACCCAAUGGUUCGGUACAAAGUCAUUUACCAACGAGUCAACUAGAAUAAGGAAUAUCUUUUUAGAGAAGAUAGAAGUAGAUGAAAACGAUGCGAACAGUUUACAAGCACAAAUAGCAUUCGAGCCAGAUGAAGAGCUGAGUUGCGACUACGAAGUUAUGGUGCUAAUGGAUACUAGCUUGAAAAUUAUUCAGUUACGGAAGACAACUGAUUUUCGCGUAAAAUUGCUAGGCCUGGAAUACGAUCGAAAGGCCGAGGUACGAAUUUCCCCAACGAGCAGCGGAGAUUUGAAGAAUGGAUAUUUACUAAUGUUCUCUACGCCGAGUUGCCUGGAUGUGCAUCAUGAUUUAAAUAUUUGCGCCCCGGGUGAAGUGGAAGGACUACGAGCUGAGUAUCGGCAUAAACAUGGAUCGUCCUUUGACAUCAAAGUGUCCUGGAAGGAACCAAUUUUGCAGCCCGAUAACUACACCAUUGAAUUAUUGCCGAUGCACCAUUUAACCCUUCCGGAUCUAUUGGUACUUUCAGGGAACGCAACGAGUGCAGUCUUUGCAAACGUUAAUAUAAGCACCCAGCAGUACAGGAUUAGCAUAGUCGCGAAAUCUCCAGGCGGGAUCAGUCCAAAGACCUCGAUCGACAAAACCAUCGACUCGAAUCCAGCUUUAAACAACGUUCACAUAGCUCUCCUUACGGCUAUGACGAUAUCCAGCUUGUUUGGUAUCGUUUUCGUGUGUUGGCGGUUUGGAAAAGGCACGAGCUUCGUCAGCCGAUUCAAACAUUUCCACGUGAGUAUUAAAUGCAUAUUCAAUUUUGGCCAUCUUGAAACUCAUCUUUUGCAGAUUCUUACUCAAAAUGGCGCAGCGUGCGACUCGAUGAAGGGCAAACUGAAAUCCGAUAACGACGCCCACGCGAAAGAAGGUGUCAAGUCAAAAGACAAGUUUGAAAUUCAUCCAGAUCAAUUGAAGAUCAAAGACAUUCUUGGUCGUGGAGCCAGUGGAAUCGUAAGACUUGGAUCUUUCCGGAACGAACAUGGACGGAUAAUGGACGUAGCUGUUAAGGCACUGAAAGACAACCCAAGUAGCGACGAUUUGAAGAAUUUCCAGCAGGAAAUUUUAACAAUGAAGUCCGCUGGGCAGCAUCCGAAUAUCGUCUCCCUUAUCGGAUGCUGCACCCAAAGCACGAGCCCUUUCCUGGUGGUGGAAUAUUGCUGUCGAGGAGAUUUGCAAACGUAUCUUAGGGCGGUAUGGAAAGACAUCGAUGACGGUGACAGGCAAGCACAAGGAACAGCUAAAGGACUGUCACGAUUUCCUGACCAAUACCUGUCGUACGUGUUUGAAUCUUUCAAUGAUUUUACAGACGACGCUGGGACUGAUUUGCGACAUAUAAGGGAGAUCUCCAAUCGCCUUUACGACAUCGAGCAUGACGUACUGUCAUCCAUAGAAAGCGUGACUGCGUCCGAUUUGUUGAAUUUCGCUCGACAAGUCGCCACGGGAAUGGAAUUCCUAUCAUCCAAUCGCAUCGUCCAUCGCGAUUUGGCUGCGCGAAACGUGUUACUGUGCGGCGACAUGACGGUGAAGAUUUCGGAUUUUGGUUUGAGCCGUGACGUGUAUCAAGAAAAUGUCUACAAGAAACAAGGAAACGGCAUGCUGCCUCUCAAGUGGAUGGCAAUCGAGUCGUUGACUCAUCACGUGUACACGACUCACAGCGACGUAUGGUCCUUUGGUAUUUUGCUCUGGGAGAUCGUUACCCUGGGAUGCAAUCCUUAUCCUGGAACGUCCACGAGCAGAGUUCUCAGAUUGUUAAAAUCUGGAUACAGGAUGGAACGACCGCAGAACUGCGGAGUUGAGUUGUACAACAUGAUGUUGGCUUGCUGGCGCUCCAGGCCGAAAGACAGACCGACCUUUACCGAGCUGAAACAGAGCUUAGAGAAGAUGCUUCACACCUCCGUGGAAAAUAGUUACUUGAACGUUAACGACCUCAUGACGGGGCACACGACGCAAACGAGUCCGCUGCCCGAAGAGGAUAGCUCCAGCGCGGAGGGUUCCGAAAGAUCGAGAUUUCUCUCUCACUUGUACGCCAACGAGCAGUAAAUGUUCUCCAUCGGCGAGGAACCAUUUGG